AUGUAUAAGAUGUGUCAUGAACCUACCAACAUCUCUCUGUCGGAAUCUGAAAUUAUAUUCCCUCAGUUAGACCACCUCCCCUUGACGACAAGGCGGAGUUUGUUGCAAUCCAAUGAGAGAGUCUCUCAACGUAUCGCUGCUUCUGUGUCUGCAUCGAAUGUUGAUAGUAUAGUGAAAAGGGAAGAAGAUGAUUGCUUCAAUGAGCUGGGUGUAGUGUCAAACUGUGAUCCUCCAGAAUCUGUAGAAAUUUCGGAAUCUACAAGCAUUGGUUGUAGUCAAGGUCUAGAUGAUUCUGUAAACGUAAGACCACAGAACAACACUCUAGUAUGCUGUAGUAAUGCUGAAGAGAACUUCGAAAGAGUAGGACAAAUCGAAGAAACCCUUGGGGUUGAUGUUCUUGAACAUCUCACACUCAAAGAGCGACGCAAAAUGCUUCUAGAAAGGAUGGCUUUAACGUUGCCAGAAUCCAACUUAGAGGAUAAUACUAAAGGUUGCGAUGGUACAGAUCUUUAUAAAAUAAAAGCCGAGAUUUCAUGCGAAAAUGGGAUAGCUUCGUCUUCUGAGGUCCAUUUCAGCGGCUUUCUUGAGAAAAUUGAUUCUGUCCUCUGUAAGAAUUUUAGUAUAGGGUUAGAAUCUGGAAAUCCGCUUAUUGGAAUCCAAGAGAGGGAUAUUCCGAAAGCUCACGAAAAGUCGUUUAGUUUAUCACCUGAAGCCAGUAGUCUGCCUGAGUUAUCUAGCAGAGAUUACGAACACUAUCCAUUAGCUAGCACCGGUUAUGAACCUGUGGCAAAAAACCCGAGUAAAAGAAUAAAAAAGAAUCAUCUCCCUUCGAAUGUGAGUGAAUUGCAGACGAAUCAUGAGUCUUUGAGUGAUUGUGUCAUGGAGGACAAUGAGGAAAGAAGUCCUGUUACCUCAGAGCAAGUAAAGGUUAAAAGAGAGGUGGAAACCAAUGAUGAAGCUCAUGAUGAAAAUGAGCUAGAUUGCACUAAAUUAAGCUAUCGCUUGAAUCUUUGUACACCUGCUCCAAAUCCUUCUAGGUUUGUGAAAAAUGAAGGAGCGACCGCUUGUGAAUUGGAUGAAGAUGAGAUAGACCACAUGAAAUUAAUUGAUCGAUUAAAGCUUCGAUCUUUUCAUGGUCCAGGUCACCAUGAAGAUGUAAAAUCCCCGUCCUCAGGGUUUAGCUUCUGUACAUCUGAUGAAUACGUUAAACCUUUGAAGAUAUUGCGUCCUUGGAAACGAAAGAAAACAGCCACGGACUCAAUUGAGACAGCUCUGGAGGAAGACGCUCCUGGUCUUUUGCAGGUACUGAUUCAACAAGGUGUAUCAAUAGGUGAACUGAGGCUUUAUGGGGAGAAUGAAGUUAGCGGUGAAUGUGAUUCACUUUUGGAAGAGAGUUUCUCGGAGCUCGAAGAUGUGAUCUCGCAGCUUUUCUUUAAACGCGAGACGGGCACGAAACUUCUUAAUUUAAAGUUUUCAAAAGCUUCAAGAACUAGCUAUUGCUUGACCUGUCUAUUCUCCCUCAUCGAACAGGCACGGUAUUUGCGUUUCCGCAAAUGGCCUGUUGAGUGGGGCUGGUGCCGCGAUCUCCAGUCUUUCAUAUUCGUUUUCGAGAGACACAACCGGAUAGUAAUGGAACGGCCUGAAUAUGGGUAUGCAACAUACUUCUUCGAGCUCAGCAACACUGCAUCAAUCGGAUGGCAGAUCAAACGGUUAGUCUUGGCCAUGAAACUAGCCAGCUGUGGCCGAUAUCAACUGAUUGAAAACAAGCCAUUACUGGUAGGAGAAGAUAUGACGGAAAGUGAAGCGGAAGUACUGAUGAAGUACGGCUGGGUUGCGAACACGGGGCUAGGGACGAUGCUAAACUACCGCGAUAGAGUCUUCCACGACAGGAAGAGCGGAAAAGAGACAUCGGAAUGGAGAUCUAAGAUUUCUAGGCUUCUUGUUGAUGGCUAUAAUAGUGGAACCAUUGUCUCAUCUUUCAUUACUAAUGGUGAUGAUAAUGAUGAUGGACUUGACAACAUCGGAGAUGUUAAGCUUGAGCCUUAUUGA